AUGAAAGAAGCACUAAAUGCUACUGACGAAACAUGUGUAUGCCAUUGUAAGAAUUGUUGUCGAGCAGGUGGUUCUCUUGCAUCAAUCAAUGUUAUUGUUCCGGAAUCUGCUGUUGAAAUUACAGGACAACCAAAAAUUUACCAUGAUAGCAAUACAGAUAGUGGAACGACGAUUCAACGCACUUUUUGUGAUAAUUGUGGUAGUCCAAUUUAUUCUACUACACCCACUAUGCCUGGUGUCCGUAUUGUUAAAUUGGGAUUAUUUGAUGAAAUUCCAAAACCAUCAUUUGAAUUGUAUUGUAAAACAAGACCAUCUUGGAACAAACGAAUAGAUGAUGCAAAGCAAUUUGAUGCAAUGCCGACAAAAUAA